AUGGUAAAUUACUGCAAUGCAGGCGUAUCUAUCUAUAAAAAUAAUUUCUCUAUAUCAUUUAUUAAAACGAAAGGAAAAAUUGCUAUAACUCUAAUUAAUGAUCAAGCAAUGUCUAAUGUAAAUUUUACGUCUUUUAGAAGAAAAGUAACUUCUAAUGGAGAAGGUUGUUUAGCUGUAUAUGAUGAUAUUGAAAGUGACAUUAAAAAGAAAAUUGCUGAAUUAGAUAUACAAACGGAUGAAAGUUUAUUUACCAAAAAAUGUGAAGAAAUAAAUAAGUAUUUAGAUGAUCAAAAGAAUAUUUAUGGCGUAUGUUAUGAAGUUCGUUCCAAAAACACACAUUCGUAUAUUGCGGAUGAUGUAGAAAAAUUAUUAUUAAAGUCUAAUAAAUAUUCUAAAUGUCCUAGGCAGUGGAAAUCAGAGCAAGACAAAAUCACUAAAUUGGAAACUAAAAAGGACGAACCGCGCGAUGGGGAUGGAAAACAUGGAAUUGAAACAACUGAAUUGGAAGAACAAAGAAUAUCGAAACCCAACUGUGAAGAUGAAUCCUGUGUACCAAAAAAUUUAGAAUGUGGAGAAGUGUCGCAUAACACUUCACAAAAUGUCGGAGAAAAGGGAAUAACUGCAGAUGGAAGUUCUGAAUCAUCUCAAAGCACAGUACCAUCAGAUAAUUCAGGUGUAACACCGCAAUCAAUAAAUGAUCAAACAUUAUAUCGCAAUGCUAUAUCUGUUAUAUAA